AGCUGUAUUCUGCCGAGGGAAGGGCAUCUUCGACUGUCGGGUCAACGUGCUGGGGCACCUCCAGCAGGGAGGUGCACCAACACCCUUCGACAGAAACUGUGGCACCAAGCUGGGUGUGAAGGCUGUGCAGUGGCUCACAGAGAAGAUGAUCAACAACUUCAGACAAGGUCGUGUGUUCGUCAACAGCCCAGACACAGCAUCUGUCAUUGGCUUCAGUAAGAAGGUCCUGUCCUUCAUCCCUGUGACUGAACUUAAGGCACAGACUGACUUUGAGCACCGGAUGCCCAAGGUCCAGUGGUGGCAGAACCUGCAUCAGAUUCUGAAGAUGUUGGCCAAGCACCAGACCAGCUUCAGCGAGAUACGUCCCUGGAGAGAUAGAACAUGUGACCCGACGUUCUCUCAGCAUAGACACUGGCUUCUAGAACACAUACUAACCCUGGACUGUAGACACCGGCUUCUAGAACACAUACUAACCCUGGACUGUAGACACCGGCUUCUAGAACACAUACUAACCCUGGACUGUAGACACCGGCUUCUAGAACACAUACUAACCCUGGACUGUAGACACUGGCUUCUAGAACACAUACUAACCCUGGACUGUAGACACCGGCUUCUAGAACACAUACUAACCCUGGACUGUAGACACCGGCUUCUAGAACACAUACUAACCCUGGACUGUAGACACCGGCUUCUAGAACACAUACUAACCCUGGACUGUAGACACCGGCUUCUAAACACUGGGCUCCAACCCUGGAAUGUCACUCCCAACUUGUUUGUCUUCCCUGUUUAUCUAAAGAGGGGUCCUUAUAUCUGUACUGUGUCUGAGACUACCUAGACAUCAGGCCCUUAUAUCUGUACUGUGUCUGAGACUACCUAGACAUCAGGCCCUUAUAUCUGUACUGUGUCUGAGACUACCGAGACAUCAGGCCCUUAUGUCUGGAGAGUGUCUGAGACUACCGAGACAUCAGGCCCUUAUAUCUGUACUGUGUCUGAGACUACCGAGACAUCAGGCCCUUAUAGCUGUACUGUGUCUGAGACUACCGAGACAUCAGGCCCUUAUAUCUGGAGAGUGUCUGAGACUACCUAGACAUCAGGCCCUUAUAUCUGUACUGUGUCUGAGACUACCGAGACAUCAGG